AUGGCGACCCUUCUUGGAAAGAGAAAGCGGCAGGUCAAAGAUUCGACACCUACAGAAAGGAUUAAUGACGGCGAGAGCUCUAGCUCCUCGGAAAUCGAUGCGCAGGAAGUGUUCCGGCGGCAUUUCGAAGCCCAAUUUAAACCUCUACCAGUCGUCCAGAAAAUUGUCGAAGCGGAAGAAUCAAAUGAUGAAGACUCUGAAACCGAAUCAGAGUGGAGUGGGAUCUCCGAGGUCGAGGAAAAGUCGAUUGAAGUGAUUGAGCAUACUGAUGCGGAAUCGCGUAUGGCUGCAAUGUCCAAAGAGGAGCUCAAAAUAUUCAUGAGUUCCAAACCACCCAAGAGUACUCCCAGUGUUUCUGUGAUCCGCGACAAAUCUGGUGCUACGGUUGACGAUGAAGAUGGUUCGGAAUCGGCGAACCUGAAGAAAGAUUUGGCAUUGCAGCGGUUGUUAGCUGAGUCCCAUCUUCUCGAAUCCGCAAGCAAUCCUACCACCAUGGGGAAGAAUAGACAUAAAGCGACAGAUCUGCGGUUACAAGCGCUAGGCUCAAAGGGCUCCAUAUUCAAGCAGGAAAAGAUGCCAAUCGCACAUAGGAAAGGCAUUAUCUCAAAGCAAAAUGAGAAAGAGAGCACACGACGCCGAGAAGCCAAAGAGAAUGGCAUUAUUCUAGAAAGAGCUAAAAUGAAGGAAAAGAGGAGUAGCGAAGGCAGAAAGGACAGAGGUGUUGGCAAUCCGAACGUUGGCAAGUUUUCUGGGGGAACUUUGAAAUUAAGCAAAAAGGACAUCAAUGAUAUUGAAGGUCCUCGGAGGGACAGUGGUGGAGGAAGAGGCGGAAGGGGUGGUGGUCGAGGUCGGGUCAAGCGAGGACGAUGA